AUGAAGCAGAAGGUGACACCAGAGAAUAUCAAAGGCGUACUUCUUGGUGAUCCAACAUUCAAAACAGAAGUUCUGCAUACUACCGAAAACGAUUAUGUUACGUUUUACUAUAGUGGAUUGGGAGGUAAAGCAGUGAUCAGAUUUGGCAGCUACUAUCCGGACGACCAGUAUUUUGAUGGUGAACCAGAUCCAGCAUACGUACGUUUAUAA